AUGCUCAUAUUAACGGCACAACACGCUCCGCCCCCCACACCAUGGUGUAAUCCCCUGCAGUUUUCCUAUUUCUAUAAAAUGAAUGAAAAUGGAAUAAUAGAGAAUAAAAACAAUUCUAAAAAAGGUGAGAAACGCUCCAAGAAAGGAAACCCGAAAAAGGUGGACAGCAAGGAAGAUCAUACAAAUUCAGACCCCGCAGGCACCCCAAGCGGAAAUGUAAAUAACGGAAAUACGCCCCAAGUUGAGGAAAAAAAAGAAAACAAUACGGAAGCUUCAAACAAAAACAGUGUGACUAACCUAUUUUCAUGGAAAAAGAAAAAAAACAAACAAAAGAAGUGUGAAAAUAAAAUGGAGGAAAACAACUCCGAUAUCCAUGGAAACAGCUUGAAAACAAGCCCAUAUGUUAACUUGGGCGAUGAUGAUAUAAAUGAAGUAGGAGAAGAGGGUGAUGGUUACUAUGAUCAGGAUAACAAUAACGAUGUAAAUGAUACGCAAGAAAAUUAUCAAGAAAGUAAUGCAACUGAAAAUUAUGAUAAUGAAAAUGAAAAUAUAGCCAUUGUCGAUGUGGGGGGAAAUGAAAAGAAUGCACAAGAUAAAGAAGAAGAAAAAAAAAGGAAAAAAAAUUGGAAAAGAAGAACAUUUAGUCGUUUCACCCCUGGGGGUGUACGCUCAAGCACAGUUUUGUUUAUAUGUACAGCCAUAGGAGUUGGCUUUCUGUCCAUACCGUAUGUUUUCUUAAAGUUGGGGAUAAUAUUAAGUCUACUCUUGAUACUUCUAAACGGCAUGGAAUCCUACGUUACAACGAACAUCCUAUGUAUGACAUCCUUGGAGCAUAACACAUUUGUAUAUGGAAAUUUGCUAAAAAAAAUAGGACAUAAGUACCACAAAACUAUUAUCGACAUUGGGCUGACAUUUGGUUUUCUCUCCAGUUAUAUUUUGGUAUUGAUACUAAUAAGUAAUUUUUUAAGUAGCAUAUUGUACGUUUUUAAUUUCCCGUCCUUUUUAUAUAACCACAACGUUUUGAUUAUUAUAGUGUGUUCACUGAUAGUACCUAUAACACUUCGCGAUCAAGUGGGUUCUCUAGAUUCCUUUUUGAUAUUUUCACUAUGCUCGUUGAUGAUAACGGUAUUAACGAUAGGAUGGCAAGCACGGGGCUACUACACCGUAUUGAUUAACAAGGAUAUAGUGCUAUUCAACAUGGAUAGGCAUUUUUUCAAAUGUUUCAAUAUUUUGUUAUUUUCUUUUUCGCAACAACCAAAUGCAUGUUUUAUAACUGGACAAUUUAAUCAGCCGACGCAUAGGAGAUUAACAAAAUCAGCAUACAGAAGUGUUGUGCUGCAAAUUAUUUUUUACUCUCUAUUUGGACUUCUAGGAUAUUUGUCCUUUCUGACGACAACCAAGGAUAACAUCAUAUUGAAUUAUGAAGACACAAAUAUAUCCAUACUUUUGUGUAAAUUUCUCCUAUCAAUAACGUUCUUUUUUUCCGUUCCCUUAAAUUUCAUGGGAUCAUACUCAAGCUUAUUAUCAUUGUACUUAUCCGCUCGUAAUAUGUUUCUUAAAUUUUAUGUGUUUGUCUCAAGAAGGAAUAGGUACAUGGCUAACUUAUCUACUUUUCUACGCGAGGAUGAGGACAAUAUUUUUGAGGAUAACGCCCUUGAUAAUUUAACAGAGAAUUCGAGCACCACAGAAUCACAAGCGGAGGACAGAAAACAGCGAAGACUCAUCUCCAUUUGUGUCACCAUUCUCUGCGCCUUCAUAGCGUUCAAUGUUAAAAAGUUAUCCAACGUUAUUGGUAUAGGAGGAGGAAUUACGUCUACACUGAUAUCCUGCCUUUUACCCAAUUUGAUUUACUUUAAGAAUAGGCAUAAUGUGAAGAACAAGCUGGAGCGAUAUUCAACCCUCUGCAUGUUAUGCUUCUUCUCCUUCAUGGGUUUUUUUUCUGUCAUUACUACUGCGUUAAUUUUAAUUUUUUAA